UUUUAUUCCACUGGAUUUCUGCUGUCGGGAACCGACGUCCCCAGCUGUUUCGAGUGAAGUCAUCACCGCCGAGGGGAUAUGACGCAAACGCCCGGCCCGACGCUCCGCGGGGCGGCGCCGGCCAUGGCCGCCGAUGCAGACACCGGCAUGAACCUCGACCAUGCCAAUUUUGACGAGGCCAAGACGAAGCGCUACGUGAAGGAGGUGCCCAUCGCGGUCUAUGCGGCCCUGGCGGCCGAGGCGACUGCCAGUGUGCUCCUCACAGCCACGUUCAAUACCUUCCACGUCGAGACGUUCUUGACCGAGUACAAGCUCGACCUCGCCUCGUACGCGUCUGGCCACGUGCUCUACGCCGUCAUCAACACGCUCAACGACCUUGUUGGCGCCUACAUUGUCGAUGCAUGGGCUGUGACAAAGGUAGACAAAUCGGCUCCGGCUACGCUCGAUGCUGGGCGUAGGGCCGUGCAUGGCUCAUGCUCUGCGGUGGGUGCGCCUGGUCGAUCAUGUUUCUCUUGCCGUGGUUCCCAUGGCGCGCGUACCCUGCGCUACACUUUGUCGUCAGCCUCUCGUGCUACGACACACUCUACUCGUUCUGCGCGAUUGCGGGCGGGUCGCUCUUGACCGAAAUGCAUGUAUCGGACCGCCAGCGCAUCCAGAUUCUUCGAGUCAAGACGAUCGUCGGGAUGGCGUCGGCCUUUGUCGUGAUGCAACUCGGACAGUACUACUUUGCCGACAAGACGGCGUUUCGCGCCUACUGCGUGGCUCUCGCGCUCCUCGCGGCGGCUCUCUACGGCAUCUUUUACAGCUUGUUGCAGACACGGUCGGCGGCGUAUCUCGUCGCGCUGCCGCGUGCGUCGACACCAUCAUCGUUGUCGUCAUCGUCAUCGGCAUUGAGCAUCGCUUCGAUCAAAGCGCUUCUUGAGGACUUCUACCAUCUCCACAACUUUCGAUACUGGCUCGGCAUGGAAAUGUGCCUGGAAACGCAGUGCAACUUCAACAAGCACUACUUGCGUAUCUUCCUCGUGCACUUUGCCGCGGGUCUCUGGUCCCCGGCGACGAUUGCAUCGGUGAUUGCCAGUCUCCCGCUCCUCAAGCAGCUCGUCAAGCUUCUUGUCUUCUCGGUCAUGGACCGCAUCGGCGUCUACCGGCUCUACCACGACUCGUUUGUGACCAAGCUGGUCGCCGUGGUUGGGACCCUGUACGCGGUCCACACGUUCCCGCACCCGAGCGUGGUCUUGGUCGCAUUUCUUUUGCUCAACAUGGUCGUGACCGAGCUCCCCACGGGCGGGUUCCCCAUUGCCAUGAGCAACAUGCACAAGGAGCUGAGUCUCCGGCGCCAAGAGACGGGCCGCGGCGUCGUUGCGUCUUCGUCAGCUAUGUUUAUGGGCCUGAACGCAGUCUUUUGCAAGCCCAUGGACUCGCUGCUGCCUAUUCUGGCCGCGAUGCAGCUCGACGCCGCAGGUUUUCAAGCCAACGAGAACUCGCCGGCCGUGUCGGUUGCCAUGACGCGCCUCCUGGUGUACCCGCCGCUGAUCUUGUCGCUACUGCAGCUCUGGAGCUGGCGGCGCUAUACGCUGGAUGCGACGCACGUCGCUUCCAUCGAGCAAGCGCUGUGCACGCCAAGCAGCAGCCCCCAGAACAUCAAGCACGUGGUCUAACCCACGAGCCCAGUUUUGUGUUAGAGUUAAACGGCAAGUUGAACAACGUCGGCGAAGAAUGUUCCUGCGCGUCGUGCCACGCAGUAGCCACGUACUGUACAUUUCGUGCAUCCCAGUCGAGCGAGACGGUACAUACGUAUGAGUAGUACCAUGAGCUGCCACCGUGCGUCUUUGCUCAUCUAAAUACGACAAUGUAUUCCACUCGCAGGACGCACUGAGCUUGUCGGCGAGCUGGACCACAA